AUGGCAUCUAAGGUGGACAUCUUCACGGUGCUCCUCCCCUUGCUCAUGUUAUUGGCACCAUUGUGCAUGGCAGAUGAUCAUGGUGGCACUGUGUCUAAGUCUAACUCACCCGGAGAAUGGUGCUGGGCAGGGAUGGGCUACCCGGUGUACCCGUUCCCACGUUGCAGAGCGCUGGUCAAGCGCCAGUGCGUCGGCGCCCAGGUCGACGAGAGCCUCCGGGAGGACUGUUGUCGGCAGCUCGCCGCCGUCGACGAAUGGUGCACAUGCCCGGCGCUCGACUGGAUGCGGAUCGGCAUGUACAAGGAGCUGGGCAUCGCCGACGCCGAUGGGACGACGGCCAUGGAAUUGUUCCCAAGUUGCCAGAGGAAGGUGAUGGACCGUGCAGUGGCUAGCCUCCCAGCGUUCUGCAAGCAGUUCAUCCCUGUCGGAUCAGGCGGUGUCUGCUACUGGCUCUCGUACUAUCAACCUCACUAGUGCUUUUGGCUCGAUGAUGUGCUAGUGUGUGUGCAUGCAUUAAUCAUGUACAUCAUGCAUGUUGUGUGUGGUGCAUGGAAGAUACAUGAUAUUGAAUAAAAUCAUGCAUGGCGUUGAACA